CAGCCCGGGGCUGCCGGCGCCGACCGCGCCAUUGUUGGGGGAGGGGGCGGGCGCGGAGUCCGGGGCGAGCGGAGGCGCGGGCGGCGGUGGAGCGGAGCGGACGCGCCCCAUGGGGAACACGCUGACCUGUUGCGUGUCCCCCAAUGCCAGCCCCAAGCUGGGCCGGCGCGCGGGGCCGGCGGAGCCCGACUACGAGUCUGAGAUCUACGAGGCGGCGGCCGGGGACGCGGUGGCGGUAGCGCCGGCGCCCGCUGCGGCCGUGGAGCCCUCCGAGUUGGAUUUCGGAGCCGGCGAGGGCCACCACCUGCAGCACAUCAGCGACCGAGAGAUGCCCGAAGAUUUAGCUUUGGAAUCAAACCCUUCCGACCAUCCAAGGGCAAGCACAAUUUUCCUCAGCAAAUCUCAAACGGAUGUGCGUGAAAAGAGGAAGAGCAACCAUUUAAACCAUGUAUCUCCAGGGCAGCUUACUAAAAAGUAUAGCUCAUGCUCAACAAUAUUUCUAGAUGACAGCACAGUCAGCCAGCCUAACCUUAGAACCACAAUAAAAUGUGUGACCUUAGCAAUAUAUUACCACAUAAAGAACAGAGAUGCAGAUAGAUCCCUGGACAUUUUUGAUGAGCGAUCGCAUCCACUCACAAGAGAGAAAGUUCCAGAGGAAUACUUUAAGCAUGACCCUGAACACAAAUUUAUUUACAGAUUUGUUCGUACGCUUUUUAGUGCUGCACAGCUGACAGCAGAAUGUGCAAUAGUGACACUGGUUUACUUAGAGAGGCUUUUAACUUACGCUGAGAUCGACAUCUGCCCCACCAACUGGAAAAGAAUUGUUCUGGGAGCCAUUCUUCUUGCCUCCAAGGUUUGGGAUGACCAGGCUGUGUGGAAUGUGGACUACUGCCAGAUCCUCAAGGACAUCACAGUUGAGGACAUGAAUGAGAUGGAAAGGCAUUUCUUGGAGCUGCUCCAAUUUAAUAUUAAUGUUCCUGCCAGUGUUUAUGCCAAAUACUACUUUGACCUUCGCUCCUUAGCAGAUGACAACAACCUGAAUUUUCUGUUUGCGCCUCUCAGCAAGGAAAGAGCACAGAACCUAGAGGCCAUUUCAAGAUUGUGUGAAGACAAAUACAAAGACUUGUGUAGAGCUGCUAUGAGAAGAUCCUUAAGCGCUGAUAAUUUCAUUGGGAUGCAGCGCUCUAAUGCCAUCCUCUCUUAAUGGAGAGAGACGUGAGGAGUGACAACACCGGGAGCUCCUCAGUGACAAGGCUGGAGAGAGAGCACUUCUCCUGGUCAGAGGCCAGCAGAGGUGGGGCUCCACCGAGCGAAAGACCUCGAUUCAAGAGACUCUGGACAGUGACUGCUGACUCCAUAGGAAAGAAUGGGACCUUGUCAAAGCAACCACUCUCUGUCCUUUGUAAUGUAAACAGUUACAAAAACCACUCCAAAGCAAAAGCUCUGACCACACAGAUAUUGCUUACCAUGUAGGCCAAUGGCUGUGAAAUAUGUGAGGUUUUGAAAUUGUUUGAAUUUUUAGACUUUUGUUUGAGACAGGGUCUUACAUUGCCUGGGCUGGCCUCAAACUCAAUAUAAGAUUGAGGCUGGCCUUUAACUCCUAAUCUUCCUGCCUCUACCUCCCAAGUGCUGGGAUUACCGUGCCUGGCUCAAACUUUUAGACUUUAAAGACACUAACCAUAAAAUAUUUUUUUCUUGUUUUUCUUGCCACCCCCCGCCACCCACCCACCCAACUGCUGCAUACGCUUUUAGAAUUGUUCAGUAUUACCAUUAAAACAUGAGAUUCCUUCCCCAUUUUUGUGGUGCUGGGAAUCAAACUGGGGGCCUGGCCUGUGCUUGGUGAGCAUUUGAGCACUGAGCUACACCUCAGCCCCAAACAUGGGGUACGUAACACUCGUAAAACCACCUGGUAGCAGAUUGUAGCAUCAGUAGGUAGUAACGGUUCUCCACUGUAUCAUCUGGGCUGCUAGCCAUUAUUGGCAGUCAGUUUACCAGAAAGCCGCUGGCUGAGACUGACCAUUCGUACUCUUUGCAGUCACGUUUGCUAGCAUUUUGGUAUGUUUGGAGCCACAGAGAGAAAACAUCAGUUGUUGAUUAUUUCUGUUGGGUCCAUGCUGCAUUUCCUGUGAAAUGGUGCUUCUCAUUUUCUGAUGAUUUUUCUCUUAUUUGUUAAACAAGUGUAUUAAAAGAUAUUUUCAUAAUGCCAAACAACAUAGCAGUCCAGUGAUCAUGAUCAAAUGGCAAAAAUACAAGGUGUCCCCCAAAUUACUGAUAGCUUCAUACUUACGGAACUGUGUCUGGACUCUCUGGGACACUGCAGCAGAAGUAUAAAAGCCACAAACUUUCAAAAAACCUCAUUUGAAAGUUUUAAUCUUACCAAUUUGAAAUAAUUAAGCUAAUUUAAUUUUUCUCUUGAAGAUUGCAAACUAUGAACCAAAAAUUAAAAUUAAAGGCUUAGUAUUCCAAAUUUGGGGAAUUAAGUUGAAAAGUAACUUAAAACUUUUAAGUAAUGUUUCAUUAGUUUGUAGCAUUUAUAAUUCUACAGGUGUCAGAGCUGACAACUGCAUUGAGAUUUGGGAGCUGCCUUGUAUUUCUAUGGAAGCACUCUUUUUUUUUUUUCAAGUAAUUCUUUGCCAGGCUGGGCGCUAACUGCUUUGAUCACCAAAGUGUCUUUACAUUCAGUUAAGAGGGUUAUGAAAAGCAGUAUUAACUCACAUAUAACAAAUGAAAAGAAAUCAGAUCCUCAAACAGCAGGAGAAAUGAGCAAUUAAAGAUCUAUCCUGCUUGUUGGCCCAGGUGCAGACAUCUUCUAAACUGUACCCUAAGCACAGGCUUUAAAAGGCAGGGAGUAAAUGAUUGGGGAAAUGAUGACAGCAGCGCCUAAAUCUGAAAUAAUAAAAGAUUUGUGUUCUACAUGUGUACAUUCUAUUUCUCUCACAUGUAACCGUGGAAAUCUUACCUGUAAACAGGACCUUUGUGGGGCAAGAAUACUUUCUCUUAAGGCUGCAAUGUUACACACGCUCUCAAGUGCUGCCAGGUUCAUCAUUUAUAAAGGACAGACAUAAAUGUUAAGGAAGGAUGUAUGAAAUAUUACAAUCUACCACCUCAAAAUACAUUGUUUAUGGAGUUCAGAGCUUAGAGAUUCAAGUAUUGAUUGUGGUUUUUCUUUCCCAUGUUUAUAUUAAAAGAAAAGCUAAUAAAUUCUAUUUUAAUUAAAAUAUGGCUAGUGUGUUUGUACCACUCCUCUGUCCACAGGCCAUUACAGCUC